AUGAAGUAUCUCAGCUUCGAUGCCGCCGCCCAGAAGCAAGACGAGGUCAAGUCUAGCCCGCUCCUCACCAUCUCUCUGCUCAACGCCUCCCCCCCCUCGCAGUUCGGCUUGUUUGGCGGCAGCAUGUCCGAGAACGGCUUGCUCACGCAGUCCUCGCGGCUGUUCCACAACGUCACCUGCCCCUCGAGCGUCUUUAUCUGCGGCAGCCAGGGCUCGGGCAAGAGCAACACCCUCGCGUGUCUCCUAGAGAACUGCCUCAUACCCAGCAGCCUCGGAAAGCUGCCGCAGCCCCUCGCUGGCAUCGUCUUUCACUUUGACAGCUUCGUCUCCGACUCUGGCGGUCUCCCGUGCGAGGCGGCGUUCCUGGCCUCCAACAGCAAAGCUUCCGUCCGAGUCCUAUGCGCUCCCACCAACGUUUGCACAGUCCGGGAAAUCUACAGAGAUAUUUCACGCGUCAAGGUCGAGCCUCUCAGGCUGAGCGACCAGGACCUCAACACCCAAAGAAUGCUUCACCUCAUGGCUGUCGGAGACGGCAACAUGCCGCUCUACCUUCACGUCGUGACCCGCAUCCUCCGAGACAUGCGCCUAGAGCAACAGAAUAAAGGUCUGCCGUUCAGCUACCGCUCUUUCAAACAGAAGUUGGCCCAGACGGAUCUCACCCCGAUGCAGCAGGCCCCCUUGAACCAGCGCCUAGAGACGCUGGAAAGCUUCAUGAUCGAUGGCAAAAAUAAGGAGAAACCUAUCGAUUGGGAACCCAAGGCCGGCCAGCUCACCAUCGUCGACCUUUCCUGCCCCUGCAUCACUGCGGAGAUGGCGUGCUUGCUCUUCAACAUCUGCCUCUCGCUCUUCUUGGAGAAGAAGUCGCGGAUAGGCAGGGUCGUCGCGCUCGACGAGGCGCACAAGUAUAUGCAAGAGUCGAGCGAGAGCAAGGCCCUGACCAACUCGUUGCUGAGCACAAUACGCCUGCAGCGCCACCUCGGCGUCCGCGUCUUCAUCUCGACGCAGGAGCCCACUGUGUCGACAAAGCUCCUGGACCUGUGCUCCAUGACGGUAGUUCACCGGUUCACCUCGCCAGACUGGCUGCACACGUUGCGCGGCCAUCUCGCGGGUGCCUCGUCCGUCUUAGGCGCCAUGCCGGAGCAGCAGGAUUCGGGUGGGGAGGUUAGCCCUGUUGUAGUUGGGGAUAAGAAUGCGGCCGGCGAGCUGUUUGCCAAGAUUGUGUCUCUGCAGACAGGACAGGCCCUGGUGUUCGCGCCCAGUGCCAUCAUUGGACUGGGGGAGCAGAAGAAUGACGCGGUGGCCGCUAUUCAGCGACUGGCGCACCGGCCUCUCCUGGUCAAGGUCCGCUCCCGGCUGACACAGGAUGGUGGAAAGACGGUGAUGAAUUAG